AUGUCCUCCAUCAAGCAUCUGCUGUCGUCCAAGGUGCGGUCGCAGUCCGGCUGCUACACCUGCAGGCUGCGUCGCAAGAAGUGCGAUGAGCGUCGCCCCGAGUGCUCGGGAUGCGCCGCCCUGGAAAUCACAUGCUACUUCGGCGACAUCAAGCCGGACUGGAUGGAUGGCGGGCCCAAGCAGAAGGAGAUGGCCGAGUUUGUCAAGGCCCAGGUCAAGAAGCAGGCCAGCCAGCGCCGAGACCGCAAGUACCUCGACAUGCUGGAGUCGGGCACCCGCAAGGUGAGCCUCAGCGACGACCCCAAGAUCGACGUCGAGCGAGGUUAUUCCGCGUCGGCGCCGUCGACAAAGGAGUCGCCCAACAGCCACGGCUCCGGCAGCACGGCCGCAACGUCGCCGCCCGAGAUCCCAUGGCAUAGCCAGACCUUCAUGGGCAACACCGACGAACAGGCCGAGUUUGACCGGUCCGCCGACAUUCACUACGCCUGCAUGUAUCUGGACUACGUCUUUCCGCAUCUGUUUCCUCACUAUCGCCCCCACAUCCUGGUGGGUGGCCGUGGCUGGGUGCUGGAUACGCUGCAGUCUAACAACAAGUCGCUCUACCACAUCACCGUGUCCCUGGCGUCGUACUAUUUCGCCCUGAUCCUCAACAAUGGAGAGCCGGAGCAUGAGGAAUGCAUGAAUAAGAUGAAUCAGAACCUGCAGAGUCAAAUGGAGCUGGGCCUGCGCGAGCUGCAGAGGGAGGUCAGCUCGCUGCACAGCCGUAAGAUGGAUCCGCGCGAGGGGCUCGUCGUCAUGGAGAGCAUCAUCCAGCUGCUCAUCUUCGAAGUCGCCAUGGGCAACCGAGAAAACUGGAAGCUCCAUCUCGAUGCUGCCAUUGCACUCUUCCGCCAGAUACUCCCGAGCGCCGAUGGUUGGGAGGAAAUGCUACACGGCCUCGUCAACCAUCGCUGGCCACCGCUAGAAAUGGGCAUGAAGCGGCCCUGGAGCACCAGCCAAGCCGCCUGCAGAUUCUUCACGGCCAACCUGCUCUACAUUGAUGUCAUGUCGAGCGUCUCGCUUGGGUGCCCCCCUCGGCUGUACAAUUAUCAAAACACAAUCAUACCCUCGUGUAAGACGACGGAAUGGAGCCCCUGCACCAUGGGAGAAGGACCUCUCCGCAUGGAAGAGUUUCGUGGGCUGCACAACUGGGUUCUCCAGGUCAUUGGCGACAUAGCGUCGCUCCACGCGUGGAAGAAGGCACAGAGCUUGGCUGGCUCUUUAUCCAUCAACGAGCUCUUGAAUCGCGGCACAAUACUCAUAGACGCCAUCAAGGGGGGGAUCAUGGCCAUCCAAACAACAUGCCCGCCGCCCGACACGGUUGCCACCGUCAUCUCGGUACCGGUCCUCGGUGAGCAGCCAUCAUAUGCGAUGCACAACACCAUCUGGCUCAACGCAGCCUUGAUCUACCUCAACACAGUCCUCGCCGGCUGGCAACCCUCAUGCCCGGAAGUCAGUACUGCCGUGGCCAACACCACCGAAAUGCUGUUUAACCUGCCAAGAGGAACCUGCCUGGGAGCACUGGCCUGGCCUCUUUGCGUGGCCGGCUGUCUAGCACCUCCAGAAGACGAAGCCAAAUACAAGAGCAUAGUAGCCCGGCUCGGUGGGCUGCAGCUGUUUGGCUCGCUCAGAGAAGCCAUGAACAUCAUGGAGCAGGUCUGGGCGCAGCGCCCUCUGGACGAGAGCUGGGACGUUGCCCAGUGCAUGAACAUUCUGGGGCAUGGAGUUGUGUUGCUAUGA